UUGCCCUCCCAGCUCCGAACCGCCGCUGCCGCCGCCGCUUGGCUCGUCACGGCUCCGACACAGGGGCAGGUGCGGAGGGGCUCCCGGUCCGGCCGCCGCCGCUGCCCCGCUCCGGGCCCGGGGCUCCCCCUAGCGCCGCUGAGGAGCCGCCGUCGCGGCUCGAGGAGGGCGGAGGAGCGGGGCUGAGAGAGCCUAGAGGUUCGCGCGGAGGAUAGAGGGACAAGAACAGAAUCACCAGCACUGGCUGAAGGUUUGCUGGCAUGGGUAAUCUCAUUAAGGUGCUAACCAGGGACAUAGACCACAAUGCAGCACAUUUUUUCUUGGACUUUGAAAGUACCUUAACAUGGGGAAUCUUCUUAAAGUUUUGACAUGCACAGACCUUGAGCAGGGGCCAAAUUUUUUCCUUGAUUUUGAAAAUGCCCAGCCUACAGAGUCUGAGAAGGAAAUUUAUAAUCAGGUGAAUGUAGUACUAAAAGAUGCAGAAGGCAUCUUGGAGGACUUGCAGUCAUAUAGAGGAGCUGGCCAUGAAAUACGAGAGGCCAUCCAGCACCCAGCAGAUGAGAAGCUGCAAGAGAAGGCGUGGGGUGCAGUUGUCCCACUAGUAGGCAAAUUAAAGAAAUUUUACGAGUUUUCUCAGAGGUUAGAAGCAGCAUUAAGAGGUCUUCUGGGAGCCUUGACAAGUACCCCGUAUUCUCCUACCCAGCAUCUAGAGCGAGAGCAGGCUCUUGCUAAACAGUUUGCAGAAAUUCUUCAUUUUACACUCCGGUUUGAUGAACUCAAGAUGACAAAUCCUGCCAUACAGAAUGAUUUCAGCUAUUAUAGAAGAACAUUGAGUCGCAUGAGGAUUAACAAUGUUCCAGCAGAAGGAGAAAAUGAAGUAAAUAAUGAAUUGGCAAAUCGAAUGUCUUUGUUUUAUGCUGAGGCAACCCCAAUGCUGAAAACCUUAAGUGAUGCCACAACGAAAUUUGUAUCAGAGAAUAAAAAUUUACCAAUAGAAAAUACCACAGAUUGUCUAAGCACCAUGGCUAGUGUGUGCAGAGUCAUGCUUGAAACACCGGAAUACAGAAGCAGAUUUACAAAUGAAGAAACAGUGUCGUUCUGCUUGAGGGUAAUGGUAGGCGUCAUAAUACUCUAUGACCACGUACAUCCAGUGGGAGCAUUUGCCAAAACUUCAAAAAUUGAUAUGAAAGGUUGUAUCAAGGUUCUUAAGGACCAGCCUCCUAAUAGUGUAGAAGGUCUUCUCAAUGCUCUCAGAUGCCAUUGGCCUUUUCUUGAUAAGAGUGUGAUGCUGCGACAUGCCUCUGGAUUGGCUCUGUCCAGGAGGCUCUGAGAACUGCUGAAGCUUGUGAUCACAUCCCUCGGGAGGAGCGAGAGCGCACAUCUGCGUAGAGAGGAAAGCGCUCACCCCUCCCGCGCGGGCACAGUCCACUGCUGAGUAGUCAUGCUUUCCUCUGCAGUUGACAUUUUGUCGUGCCUGUUACUUGGCUCUUUCCACUGUGCAGCUGUGUAAAGGAGAUGGAAACAACAGAAAUGAAGGAAUGGUUGUUGAAAAUUCUUAUUUCCUGACAUCAGUAGGAUUUUGUAUAGAGAUAUAUACGUUAUCUGCACUUGGGAAAUAAAACAGAAAGGUUAAGUCUUUGCUACAUCACCUGCCACUUGGCGUAAAAAUUCUCCCUUAUGGAGUUUUCUUUCAGGCUGGCUGCUUAGCUUCUUGUCUUCCUUCCACAAAUAUUAACUGAGUACCUGUUAUGUGCCAGUCUGGUGUCUUGUUCAGUAAUAUGAGAACAGUAUGGAAGUGACCUCUGAGUAAAAUUGUAGAGUAGUAUAUCACAGACUUACUAAAGCACAUAUUUGUCUCUUUACCUCUCUGAGGAUUUACUUGAGUUGAGGUACUUUCUUCAAUUUUUAAAUUGAUUUGAAAUGAACCUAACGAGAAUUGAGUUCAGAUUUCUUUAACACAGAGAGACCAUCCGUGUGUAUCUGCUUAAAGAGAUACAUUUCUUGAAGAUGCAUGAAAUGCUUGUAAACCAGGCUAACUGAUCCAGCAUUAAAGUUCUGUGUGAACGAUCUCCAAAAUGUAUCCCACGUUCCGGCAUUGAGCGCCUAUUUCCAUCGCUCCUAAUCCGGUCCGAGCCUUGGUCACUGGGACCCUUUCCCAGCCCCCUGGCUGGCCCCUCUGCUGCUGCUUCUCCCUGCACUUCUCCCGCAACAACCAGAGAGGAAUCACACAUCGCUCCCUUGCUCGGCACCCUCCACUGGCUUUCGUUAACCUCAGAAUAAUCUCGAAACUCUUCCCUGUGGCCUAUAGUGUCCGCGUGACCUGGUCCCUCUUUGUCUCUAAGGCCCCACCAGUACUUUCCUCCUUUGCUCCUAAUACCCCUUCUGUAGGAGUAGUGUGUUAUCAUCUUUCUCCCUCUGCCAGAUGGUAAGCUCCUGGAAUGGUGCCUGACACACAGUAGGCCUGCUUAUUGAGUUUCUGCCAUUAAAAAGAAUCCUAUGGUGAAUCUUCUCAUAAAAUAAUAAUCACUCCUAGUGAUUCUUUUUUUAGGUUCUUAAUUUGCAUUUACAUACUUAAAGCACAUCUGCCUGGAAAUAAGGCACUUAGAGAAUUGAAACAUUUUGGGAUAUGACAGAACUGAAAUAGUUGAACUGUCUUAAAUACAGAAUAGAACAGGGGUUGGCAAACUUUUUUUUUUGUAAAGGACCGAAGAAUAAGCAACUAUUUUAGGCUUUCUAGACCAUGUGUUGUCUGUCAGAGCUAUUCAGCUCUGCCGUUGUAGCAAGAAGGUAACCAUAGACAGUACUUAAAUGAAUUAGCAUGGCUCUGUUCCAGUAAAAUGUUAUAAACACUGAAAUUUGAAAUUCAUGUAAUUUCUACGUUAACAUGAAAUACUAUUUUUUGACUUUUUCUCCCAACCAUUUUAAAAUGUAAAAAUAUGCUUAGCUCACAGGCCCUACAAAAAUAGGUGGUGGGUUGGAUUUGAUCCACAGGCUCUAAUUUGCCAACCCCUGAUAUAGGACAACAAUUAUUUUCCUGUGAGUGAGCAGUUACUUUAGAAUUUAACCAGGUAGUUUCAACAAGGUAGUUCUAAAUAAGUUAAACAGCCAUUGGAUAGUCUGUUUAAAAGGUGAGAGGAGCAUAAGCUAGGAGGACCUGAACAGGAUCAAAGCUGGAAUGAAAAGGCAUAAUUUUGUGAGAGAAGAUUGCCUGGCCAAUUGCCUCUCUUACCAUAAUUAUAGAACCUGAUGCAGGUUAUGUUUGUUUGUUUGUUAACUCCCUGAAAUUGAUGGUGUUUCCC